AUAAAUUGGAGAUAGUGUUGAUACCAGCUCAGUUUCGGCAAAAUCUUCAUCGCAAUGUGGUCGGUGUUAGCCGGAGUGUUAGCAGUCGCGUCGCUGGGCGCGGCUUGCACCCCCAGUGUGACCACCGUGAGUGGAACCCACGCCCCAGCCACCGUCUGCUCCGGCGCUCUUAUCUUCGCAGACGACUUCGACAAUUUCGACCUCGAGAAAUGGCAACACGAGAACACUUUGUCCGGUGGUGGUAACUGGGAGUUCCAAUACUACGGAAACAACCGAUCCAACUCUUUCACUCACAGUGGACGUUUGUUCAUCCGUCCUUCUCUAACAUCAGAUCAGUUCGGAGAAGCCUUCCUGUCAUCUGGACACUGGAACGUCGAAGGAGGUGCACCAGCCGACAGAUGUACGAAUCCACAAUGGUAUGGUUGCGAGAGAACAGGCUCACCAAACAACAUUUUGAACCCAAUCAAAAGUGCACGUGUCCGUACCGUAAAUUCCUUCAGUUUCCGUUACGGACGUGUUGAAGUUCGCGCUAAAAUGCCUGCCGGAGAUUGGUUGUGGCCAGCUAUUUGGUUGAUGCCUGCGUACAACACUUACGGCACUUGGCCAGCAUCAGGAGAGAUUGACUUAGUUGAAUCCCGAGGCAACCGUGCCAUGACACACAAUGGCGUUCAUAUCGGCACACACGAAGCAGGCUCGACCUUGCACUACGGACCUUACCCUGCGAUGAACGGUUGGGAACGCGCACACUGGGUUAGGAGAAAUACCGCCGGUUACAACAGCAACUUCCACCGCUACCAACUUGAAUGGACACCAAAUUACUUGCGAUUCAGUAUCGACGACAUGGAACUUGGACGUGUAACACCUGGCAAUGGUGGAUUCUGGGAAUAUGGUGGUUUUAACAGCAACCGUAACAUUGAGAACCCAUGGAGAUACGGAAGCAAGAUGGCGCCUUUCGACGAGAAGUUCUACCUUAUCAUCAAUUUGGCUGUCGGUGGUACCAAUGGAUUCUUCCCUGACGGUGUCAGCAACCCGACGCCCAAACCCUGGUGGAACGGAUCACCAACCGCCGCAAGAGACUUCUGGAACGCAAGAUGGUCUUGGUUGCCAACCUGGAACUUAAAUGCCAACGACGGACAAGACGCUUCUCUGCAAGUCGACUACGUCCGAAUCUGGGCUUUGUAAACGAACAAUACUUACAAGUCAAAAGUGCGCUUCUAAAUGAAAUCCUAUUGUACGCACAAUAAGACUGAAAUAAC